GGGACACUGAGGGCUGGUGGUUGGGCCUCGGGGGGGGGGGAAGGAUGGCUGCACUGGGAUCGGAGAAAAACCCCAGCAAAAAGAAAACCGAAAAGAAAUUCGCGGCCAGGGAGGAAGCCAAGCUGCUGGCCAGCUUUAUGGGAGUGAUGAACAUCAUGCGGAAACAGAAAACAUUAUGUGAUGUCAUUCUUAUGGUCCAAGACAGAAAAAUUCCUGCUCAUCGUGUAGUCUUGGCAGCCGCCAGUCACUUUUUUAACCUGAUGUUCACAACAAACAUGCUUGAAUCCAAGUCUUUUGAGGUAGAGCUGAAAGACGCUGAACCUGAUAUUAUAGAGCAAUUGGUGGAGUUUGCAUACACAGCAAGAAUAUCUGUAAAUAGCAAUAAUGUCCAAUCCUUGCUGGAUGCCGCCAACCAAUAUCAAAUUGAACCGGUCAAGAGAAUGUGUGUGGAUUUCUUAAAAGAACAAGUGGACGCUUCUAACUGUUUGGGAAUUAGCGUUUUAGCAGAAUGCCUUGAUUGUCCUGAGCUAAAAGCCACAGCAGAUGACUUCAUUCAUCAGCAUUUCACUGAAGUUUACAAAACCGAUGAGUUUCUGCAGCUAGGUGUGAAACGUGUUACUCAUCUACUGAACCAGGACACACUAACUGUCCGUGCUGAAGAUCAGGUAUAUGAUGCAGCUGUCAGAUGGUUAAAAUAUGAUGAGCCAAGUCGACAACCAUUCAUGGUGGACAUUCUUGCCAAAGUCAGAUUUCCACUUAUUUCCAAAAACUUUCUAAGCAAAACCGUGCAGGCCGAGCCUCUGAUACAGGACAAUCCUGAAUGCCUGAAAAUGGUGAUAAGUGGAAUGCGCUAUCAUCUUCUGUCUCCAGAAGACAGAGAAGAAUUGGUAGAUGGAACCAGACCACGGAGAAAGAAACAUGAUUAUAGGAUUGCCUUGUUUGGAGGCUCGCAGCCUCAGUCCUGCAGAUACUUUAAUCCAAAAGAUUACAACUGGACUGAUAUUCGAUGUCCCUUUGAGAAGCGACGAGACGCAGCUUGUGUUUUUUGGGACAAUGUUGUUUAUAUUUUGGGUGGUUCUCAACUUUUCCCAAUUAAGAGAAUGGACUGCUAUAAUGUUGUGAAAGAUUCCUGGUACUCUAAACUGGGGCCUCCUACGCCACGAGACAGCCUAGCUGCAUGCGCUGCUGAGGGCAAGAUCUACACGUCAGGAGGCUCAGAAGUGGGAAAUUCUGCCCUUUACCUGUUUGAGUGCUAUGAUACGAGAACUGAGAGCUGGCACACGAAACCCAGCAUGCUGACCCAGAGAUGUAGUCAUGGGAUGGUAGAAGCAUGUGGGCUCAUCUAUGUAUGUGGAGGCAGCUUGGGGAACAAUGUUUCUGGGAGGGUGUUGAAUUGCUGUGAAGUGUACGAUCCAGCAACAGAAACGUGGACUGAGCUGUGUCCAAUGAUAGAGGCUCGCAAAAACCAUGGAUUGGUGUUUGUGAAAGACAAGAUAUUUGCCAUUGGUGGGCAAAAUGGUUUAGGUGGGCUAGACAGCGUGGAAUAUUAUGAUAUUAAACUUAACGAAUGGAAGUUGGUGUCCCCCAUGCCAUGGAAAGGAGUUACUGUAAAGUGUGCGGCAGUGAGCUCGGUCAUUUACGUCUUGGCUGGCUUCCAGGGAGUGGGGCGAUUAGGACAUAUUUUGGAAUAUAACACAGAGACAGACAAAUGGAUUGCAAACGCCAAGGUCCGCGCCUUCCCAGUAACUAGCUGUUUGAUCUGUGUGGUCGAUACAUGUGGAGCAAAUGAAGAAACGCUGGAAACUUGAAUGCUACCCAUUAUUUGCUCCAUGCAAGACUGGACAAUUGUCAUUGUCACACUAAAAUAGUGUGUGCCAUUUAUGGGUAGGGUACUACUAGGUUUUAAUUUCUAGAUUAAUGACGUUCUGGAAAAGCGGGAUACAUUAUUUUAAUCCUUUGAAUAACAGGGGUGCCUUCAGCUUAUUUCAACGCACUAUAUUGGUUACAUCUCUGGUAUUCAGAGGUAAAACAUAUCUGUGUAAUGUCUUAACCACAGGCUUUUAGUUUAGUUUUUAUUAUUUUAUUGAGUAAAAUUCAGCCGGUGAGAAAAACAUAAUUUUUUUUUUUUUUUAUUGUCCUCAUUUUGGAUUGUUUAAUAAAUAUGGUCACCACGUGUUUUUUGUUUUUGUUCUUUUUGUUUAUUUGUUAUCCUUUCACCAAGGGCAGCUGUUUUGGUGCCGUCCUCAAGAAAUGUUAGCAGAGCAUUUAGUUCUUAGUUUUGUGGUGUGUGAUUUGGAGCUUUUACAUGAUAAGACUUUCAGCUUCGAUAUAGACAUCUUUAUAAAUACUAUGUAUGCUCAGUCUUACUCCAUUCAGAGAUUUUCAUUUAGCAAUUUCACUGUAUACUGUACAUUGUUAUAAACUGCUUAUUUUGGGGGGGGGAUCCAUUUAACGUGCUGUGUGUUUUUGUUUGUUUUUUUUAUUCCUCAUGUUUGUAUUGCAUUGAGAACCUAGCUGCCCAAGCUACUUAUGUAAGCUCAGUCAGUUUUAUUAAAAUAUUAUUCUGUUGUGA